AUGCAGGUCUUCAACGAACUUCGACAGUGUGCGCUCUACGGUCUCCGCGUCAGUGUGGUGACUCACUGCUACGAGUGCUGCAUGGCUUCCGUAAACCUGUUGCGGUCUGUCCUGGCCUCGCAAACUCUGCGACCAGGCUCGGCCAAGGCCGGGGAAUUCCAGAAGCUUUGCAGACACUUUGCCGACAUCCUGGUGCCCUUGGUGGCCUCCCAUCUUGAGGCUCUUUUCGGCAGUGCAGCCAGGCUAGACACCGGCACAAUCGUGUCUUCGAUGGUGCCGGACCUCAUCCAAGCGGAGGUUGAGUACAAACUCCCUCCAGAGGCUCCCGAGCAAGGCAACGCGCCGGCCGAGCCAGAGGCGAUUCGCCCAGCCGAUCCACCUCUUGAACCACCGCGGCCAGAGAUGCCAACAGAGGUGCCUACAACGUCGAGCGACACAUAG